AUGUCUGAAGUACAAGGAACAGUUGAGUUUUCUGUAGAGCUUCAUAAAUUUUAUAAUGUGGAUCUUUUUCAGAGAGGGUACUACCAGAUCCGAGCGAUCUUGAAGGUGUCCUCAAGGAUCCCACACAGAGUGAGCAUCCCCAUUGUUGGGAAGACAGAGAGUGACAGCGCGCCUUCAUUCUGCGUCCGUGAGAGCGCCGUGCACAGCCGGGCCUUUCAGAUCUUAUACAGGAAUGAAGAGGUGCCCGUAAAUGAUGCUGUGAUCUUCCGAGCUCAUUUGCUCUUAGAUGGUGAAAGGGUGGAAGAUGCACUCAGCGAAGUAGAUUUUCAACUCAAGGUGGACCUGCACUUUGCGGACACUGAACAGCAGCUGAGGGAUGCGGAUGGGGCAACGAUGAUCAGCAGCCGCACGCUCGGCCUGCACUUCCACCCGCGGAGAGGCCUCCACCACCAGGUCCCAGUCAUGUUCGACUAUUUCCACCUGUCGGUGAUCUCAGUGACUGUCCACGCUGCACUGGUGGCUCUGCAGCAGCCCCUGAUCAGUUUUACUCGCCCAGGAAGAGGCUCCUGGCUUGGUAAAGGUGGCCCAGAUACAGGACAAGAACAGUCUAUUAUUUCUCUGGAAAACUUGGUCUUUGGAGCUGGAUACUGCAAGCCAACUUCCUCAGAGGGAAGCUUCUAUGUCCCCUCAGAGAACUGCAUGCAGCAUGCCUACAAGUGGCACCGGGACCUGUGCCUCCUGCUCUUACAGGCCUACAGGGGACUCCACCUCUACUUCCUCGUCAUCAUGAGGGACAUCCCAGAGCUGCCGCACAUGGAGCUGGAGACCCUUGCUGUUGAAGAAACACUCUCUCAGCUAUGCUCAGAGCUGCAGAUGCUGAACAAUCCAGAGAAGAUAGCUGAGCAGAUAAGUAAGGACCUGGCCUGGCUUGCCUCCCACCUGAAGGCUCUGUGGACCCAAUUCCUGGACACGGUGACUCUGCAUUCCGAAGUAACCACUUAUCUCACCCAGGAACAUCACACCUUGAGGGUACGAAGGUUUUCCGAGGCUUUCUUUUAUAUGGAGCACCAAAAACUUGCAGUCCUGACCUUUCAGGAAAAUCUGAUACAGACUCACAGCCAGCUGUCUCUGGACGUCCGGAACUCAGAGUACCUCACCAGCAUGCCCCCGCUGCCUGCAGAGUGCCUGGACAUAGAUGGUGAUUGGAACACCCUGCCAGUCAUCUUUGAGGACAGAUAUGUAGACUGCCCUACAACAGGGCAUACUUUGAAUGUUUACCCUAAUUUUGAUGUUCCAGCGACAAGUCCCACAAUAAUGAAUCUGAAAGAGAAAGAAAAGAACCAUAUUGUAAGUAGAAAAUCAUCUUUUAGGGAAGACCUUGCCUUGUCUACCAUGAAACCACCACACAUGGACUCUGAUAAAGAGGUUAUUAGGUGUCCAGAGUCAGGUGAUAAUGUAACUACACAAAAUCACAUGGAUGUAUGCUCUGAAUCUCAGGUGUAUCUGACAAUUGGUGAAUUCCAGAACAAAGCAGGAAUGCCUGAAGAUGAAUGCUGGGCUGGCCAAAGGUCUGAUGUUGGAAAAUAUCCACUGCCAGAUAUGGAUGUGCCCAGAAGGAGUUCAGGCCCAGAAGAUGGGCAAACCUCAGCACUGACCUACCUUGAUGUGAAAUCUGGCAAUAAGAACCCCUGUAGAGCUGAACCCUUGGUGGUCAUUAGUGCUCAGCAUGAGAGCAGGUUCUCUAGAGACAACUGUGGAUUAGACAGGACUGUGCUGAGCAAAAUGGAAGCAGGUGGAAGUCAUCAAAAUGCCAUCUCUUUAGACAAAAUAACUCUCCAUGAAUUAAAUACUCUAGGACAGGGAGCAGGCCAAGAGGGUAAGAUGGUGCUGCUAAGUCUGAAAGUCAUCCCCUCUGAGCCCUGUGAUCCACUAAGCUCUACACCAGGGGAACCGUUAGAUAUGAGGUCUACCUUAAAGGACCCUCACGUGGAAGAGCAAGAGGAACUGUCACUGAUCUCUGGAGUCAUCAAGAGAUCUUCUUCCAUCAUAUCUGAUUCAGGCAUUGAGAGUGAGCCCAACUCUGUUGCCUGGUCAGAUGCCCGAAGCAGGGCCCUGGAGUUACCCCGUGAUCGAGAAGUCUUGCACCAGUUGUUUCAAAGACAUACCCUCCACAGGAACUCCUUAGAGGGCGGACACACAGAGAGCAAUACGAGUUUGCCAAGUGGCAUCCAGGCUUCUCUCACCUCCAUUAGCUCUUUGCCUUUUGAGGAGGAGGAGCGAGAGUUGGCACUCACCAAAUUAACCAAGUCUGUAUCUGCACCCCAAAUCAGUAGCCCAGAGGAGACUGCUGAAGAUGCAGACACUGUGCAGCAAGGUGGAGCUUUAGCUGAAGCUUUGGCUAUACAUAACAAGAGCAAAGAUUUCAGUGGACACUGUUCUCAACUUUGUGGUGGCUCCAGAAUCCAGGACACUGGAGUAGAACAUUCCCAUGUGGAAACAGUUUUAGAUGCGGACAAGCAGCAGGACCCUGGUUACAUAGACAUCCCCAAAGCUAAAAGGAGUCAGUUUGAUCCAAAAGGACACUGUCAUCAAGAUGACAGCACUGAGAGCAUCCCAGGUGUUGAAACCAAAGGUCUUAAUUUAAAAAUACCACAAAACAUAGCACUUGAAAACCCUAGCACCAGAUCUUUUCAGAGAACCCUGAUGGAAACGCCAAAGGACAUGCCUAAAGACUUUAAUGUGGACAAAGGAGCUCUUUCCAACAGCAGCAUCUCAGAGGCUGAGGGCAUUUCCCACCGUGAGGUGCCUGAAUUGAGCUCUGCAUCGGUUGUGGAUACUGUCAAUCCGGAUCCAGCAGGCAAGGAAAGCAGUUCACCUCACAUCGCUGAUGACCCAGGGCUUAAUAGAAGAGCUAAUGCCUUUGCAGAGGCUGAACAUGAAGCAGGCACUGUGUGCCCCACUGUGACCCACUCCAUUCACACCCAGGUUUUGAGAAACCAGGAGCCAAAGGCAGGUGCUUGCAUCACAGGGUCCCACCUGACCUCUGCAGAGAACUUUAACCUGGACAGUCUGAAGGCAGUGGAAGUUGUGAACUUGUCUGUGUCUUGCACCGCCACGUGUCUCCCUUUCUCAUCUGUGCCCAAGGAGACACCUGCCAGGGCUGGAUUCUCUUCCAAACAGAUCCCAUUUCCCAUCACUCAUCAACCUUUGGGUUCCUUUGGUGUUGUUUCUACCCAUUCCCGCAAGUUGGAGGAAGAAGUCAGUGAAAGGAUGUUUAGUUUUUAUCAGGCCAAAGAAAAAUUUAAAAAAGAGCUGAAGAUUGAAGGAUUUCUGUACAGUGACUUAGCUCUACUAGCUUCUGAUAUACCAUAUUUCCCACCAGAGGAAGAGGAAGAGAACUUGGAAGAUGGGAUUCACCUGGUCGUCUGUGUCCAUGGUCUGGACGGGAACAGUGCAGACCUCCGGCUGGUAAAGACUUUCAUAGAACUGGGCCUUCCUGGAGGAAAACUGGACUUCCUCAUGUCUGAAAAGAAUCAGACGGACACAUUUGCGGAUUUUGAUACCAUGACGGAUCGGUUACUGGAUGAAAUCAUUCAACACAUUCAGCUGUACAACCUCUCCAUAUCCCGAAUUAGCUUCAUUGGCCAUUCUCUGGGCAACAUUAUCAUCCGAUCGGUCCUCACGCGACCCCGCUUCCGGUAUUACCUCAACAAGCUCCACACGUUCCUGUCACUGUCUGGGCCUCACCUGGGGACCCUGUACAACAACAGUACCCUGGUUAGUACAGGCUUGUGGCUCAUGCAGAAAUUGAAGAAAUCAGGGUCCCUUUUGCAGCUAACCUUCAGGGAUAAUGCUGAUUUGCGCAAAUGUUUUCUCUACCAACUAAGCCAAAAAACAGGGCUGCAGUAUUUUAAAAAUGUCGUGCUGGUUGCUUCUCCCCAAGACCGCUACGUGCCAUUUCAUUCCGCCAGGAUCGAAAUGUGUAAAACUGCCCUCAGAGACAGGCACACAGGGCCAGUUUAUGCGGAAAUGAUCAACAACCUUCUGGGGCCUCUGGUUGAAGCCAAGGACUGUACUUUAAUCCGACACAACGUGUUCCACGCCCUGCCCAACACUGCCAACACCCUGAUCGGCCGAGCCGCUCACAUCGCUGUGCUGGAUUCAGAACUCUUCCUAGAGAAGUUUUUCUUGGUGGCGGGACUCAACUACUUCAAGUAG